AUGUACGUACCUACCCAUCUGCAUACAUUGCAUUGCAUGGCGCCUACAGGUACCUUUCUAUAUGCCCGACCAGAUAUAGAUAUAUACCGGUAAAUAUCACGCACACUCCCUACGUAAGUGGUAUCGUACUCUACCCCCCCUCCAUCCCCCUAUAUGCCGCGUAACCUUUUACCGUUGCACACGAAAAAGCUUGUUCUAUCUUGGCUAUUGAUCCGUGACGCUGGACCGGUCCUCUGGCUUUCGCCUCGCUACCCGCCCUAUCAAUCCUGCCUAACACGGGGGUGCGUUAUUCGGGGGUCGAGACCGUGGGACACCGUCCGGCGUUACUCGGUGCCACGGUGCAUCGAUACCUACCUACGUGUGGUUUGCCUCGGACUCGCUUUCGUCGACGGCGAGGUGUUUGCGUUGAUCCAAGGUUGGGCUUGGACGGGGUCGGUAGAUGGUGUUAGGUGGGAGGUAAGGAAGGUGCGCGGGCAAAUAUUUUGGGGGCAGCAGAUGAUUAUGACGCACAGGUGCUACGCUCUGGUGACAAGUCGGGAUUAUUCGCCUCACGUGCUGGGGGGUUUCGUGAGAGGCCGGGAAAAGAGGCCCACGGUGAAGGCCCGGAAGAGGAGAAUCCGGGAUUUUCCAGUGUUGUACCCGCGGGAUAUGGAGAUUUUCCGGGUAGGGCCCGGGAUGCAUCGUAGAUUGAGGCGUGAAUACGAGAUUUGUGUCGUUGCUUCAUUUCGUCAUGGUGCUUGUGAGGAGAGAACUUGGGGGGGAGCUUGUGAAUAUGUGAUUACAUGAGUCUGGCUACACCUUCCCUGACGAUGCCGACUUGACCCGGCGGUGCUCGGGUGAUGUCGGGGGUUCCGACUGGUGCCGGAUCCUUCCGGUCAGGAGCUCCUUCCGAGACGUCCCGGGAGGAUCUUACUUCCUUCCUGAGAUGACGUCGGGGACGCAGCAGCGGGGAAGUCGCGAGUGAGUAUACGGACCCGGGAUGCGGAGGGCAGUG